GAUGGCACAUGAAUGCUGAUACGACAGUGUGCAAAGUUAUUUAUUUGCAUGGCUGCCCAAAAUAUCCAACAGUUACUUUGGCUGCUGAACUGAAAAUGGAAAUGCUAUUGAGUUUGUGCAUAUCAGCCUUUAGGUCUUGAAAAGUGCUGCCAAGCUCAGGAUGAACGCACCGAGAGAGAAGAGAAACGGCCAGAGAGAACACCCCAGCCGAGCUGAACCUGCUGCCUACUUCUCAAACCCUAUGAUGAGUGAUAUUGAAUCCGACUGGUCACCAAUGCAUGAUGCUGCAUAUAAUGGGCGAGUCCUGUCCGUGCGCACUCUCAUUGGCCAGGGCACCAGUGUAAAUCUGCUUUCCCUGGACAGAGUGUCUCCUCUUCAUGGAGCCUGCCAGCAGGGACACACUGCCUGUGUUAAACUGCUGAUAGACCAUGGAGCCAAUGUGAACACCCCCACGAUUGAUAUGAUCACCCCGCUUUCUGAAGCUUGUGCCAGAGGUCACCUCUCCUGCGUCAAGCUCCUCCUCCAACAAGGAGCCACACCACAUGGGGCCGCGGUUUCUACGUCCCCCAUACACCAGGCCGCAGCUAAAGGUCACACGGAGUGCAUUGAGGCUCUGGUCCAGCAUGGGGCAGAUGUUGACCUUUGGUCUGACCAUUCAGGGACACCACUUUACUCUGCAUGCACCAAUCAGCAUCUGAGCACUGUGGCGAGACUGCUUCAACUUGGUGCCAGUGUGAACAGCGGUAAGGAUGGGGACACCCCCCUGCACGUGGCGGCUCGACUGUCCCAGCCCGAGCUCGUCAGGGUCCUUCUAGACCACGGUGCCAACCCUGCCACCAGAAACACAGAGGGCAAGCGGCCACUGGACCUCGCUCCACCUAACAGUGCUACACAGAGUCUUCUCAGUCAGAGAGGAGGGGUCUCCUGUCUCAUGCAGUUGUGUCGUCUGACUAUAAGGGCAGUAUUAGGAAAGACAGGACUCAGUGAAAUCAAUGGACUGUCUAUACCAACAGAGCUAAAAGGAUACCUUCUUUACCAGUCUGACUAAUGGGAUCACCAUGGGAGGCAUCUGCAGAAGAAGCGCAGUCUGAGUCGCCGAGUGACGGUGUCUGAAAUUCAGACAAGUGACUCCAGGGGGCGACAUAAACCCACUCUCUUUGACAGGGUUCACUACUGGAGUCUGG